UUGGACUCUCUCCUCUCGACCUUGUCCUUCGAUCUUCAGAGUCGGCUUUUCGCCUUCGAGAUUGUUUGUUGACUUUGGAUAUCAAGGGUGAAAGAGAGAAAGGAAGGAAGUUAUUUCGGUAAAGGAAGUUUAUUUAUGAAACAUCGACGGGACAAUCGGAAUUGAAAGAGACCAUCAGUGAGAUACAGAAUGACGUUCUGGUGGAAGAAGAUAUUUCUGGUGAUAAUAGCGGUCGUCAGUUUGAGGAUCUUUAUAAAGAUCGGAAUUCUGGCAUGGAAGAAGUUAAUUGCCCCGAGUCUUGGACUUGAAAUCGACAUACGAACGCAAGGAAAAUGGGCAGUGGUCACCGGUGCAACAGAUGGACUCGGAAAAGCGUACGCCAAGGCAUUUGCUAAAAAGGGUUUGGAUAUCGUCCUCAUCUCGCGAUCUAUGUCGAAACUCAAAGAUGUAGCCGCUGAGAUCGAGCAGGAAUAUGGGGUGGAAACCCGCGUAAUAGAGGCCGAUUUAACGGAGGGUCAGGUGGUCUACGCAGAGAUUGCCAAAGCGACGCAAGACUUGGAGGUGGGUGUUCUCGUUAAUAAUGCCGGUGCGAGCUACGAUCAUCCUGAGUUCUUUACAAAUGUCUCGGAGGAAAUGCUUGCGAAAAUAUUGCAACUGAAUGUAGCUGGCGUGACCGGGGUUGCGAGAGCUGUGUUGCCUGGAAUGAUGGAACGUCGAAAAGGAGUUGUUAUUAAUGUCAGUUCGUUAACCGCGGCUAUACCAAGUCCUUAUUUGACCGUUUACGCCGCCAGCAAAGCGUAUAUUGAUAAACUCAGCGCCGACUUAGCUACGGAAGCGGCACCGAGAGGCGUCACUGUCCAGUGCGUUCUUCCGGGCGCGGUUGCCACGAAGAUGUCAAAGAUCAAGAGAGCAACUUGGAUGGCGCCUUCUCCAGAAAAGUUUGUAGAAGCGGCAUUAAAAACGGUUGGUAUUGAAGCACGUACGACUGGAUAUCUACCACAUUCUUUAAUCAUCGGAGUCAUGAACGUUUUGCGUUAUAUAUGCGAGACGGGCGCGGUGUGGUUAGUGGCGAAAACGAUGCUUAAUAUAAGGGGACGCGUUUAUCGCAAAAAGAUGAAAAGCCAAAAAGAAACGCAAGAAGAUAUUCUCACUAAGAGUUGAUUCGCUGAUGAGAUAAUACAGUACAUUAUUUUGUUAAUUAUUUUUGAAAUGUUUUCGAUUAUUCUUUUGUUGCUUUGCGUUAAGUUAUAUUGACAACUUAUUUAAA